GAUAUAAGCAGCCGUUAGAAUGUUUUUAAUAGCAGCUGUCGCUUCAAGUGUGCUGGAACUGUUCAUUUUUGUGCUACAUUCAGCGGAAUACUUAGUUGACACAAAGAUGAAGUAUAUCAUCGUCCUUGCCGCAACAUUGGCUUAUGCUACGGGUGCGCCAGUUUACACGCAGGAAAUACUGGACGUCCAUUUCGCUUGUCAAAACAUCACGGAAUAUUUCGUGCCGCAAACGGUAUUCGCCCAACUGGAAUUCCAGAAAGUGCCACCGUCCGACGUCGACAUUCCCGACAAUUUCGACGACCACAUGUUUUGCAUGUACUCCGGUUUGGGAUUCGAGUCCGAUUCCGGUGAACUCGACUUGGCUGUAGCGGCGGAUAAACUUAAAACCUUGUUCGUGGAUCCAAACAACUCGGCGGCGAUCGUAAGCGAAUGUGCCGCCCCUACGCAGGGCUUGCAGGAUCCCGUUGAAGUAGCCGGAAUAUUCUAUUUUUGUACAUUGCCACUGUAUGCGUAGAUAUGUCAAAUAGCUAAGUAAAUCGGUAUUUCGAAACAACUAAAAAUAUUUUCUUUAACCCCGUUGGAGUUUUAUUUU